CCAAGAAACUGCUCUUUCUCUUGGUUGGAUUCUACUCUGCAACUGCAUUCUCUACGUUUAUAGGACAAACAGGAGACUGGGAUGUUUUAUCCGCUGCGUUGGCUGUAAUCGUAGUGGAAUGCAUCGGAGCUUUAAUGUACAGAGCAUCCAUUCCUUUAAUCAACAAGAUGCGGAGCAUGAUAACCAUGUUUAACUAUUGGAAGACUGGACUCGCCCUUGGACUGUUCCUUGACUCAUUCAAGUUUUAGCUCAGACCUUGGAAGGGGCAACACAACCGAGAAACCUGGCUCUAUAGAAUGGACAGUGACCAGCAAAACUUGAGAAGCUGCGUCUCCUUUUAUGCCAUGAAGGUUGUCAAGACUUAAAUUCAGGUCACUGCAAGACAUGGGAUCAUCAAACCCUCUGAUCUACACAAAGCAAGUCACCUGCAAACAGUGCUAGAGUCGUGUCUGUAUAGCCUUGUCUGUAUUUGGUUGCAUCGUUGCAGAUGGAUACGUUUAAUAUAAGCAUUGAUUCUCUGAGUUAUUUUCAACCAUUUAUAUAUAUAUUUUUUUUCAAGAUAACAGAUCAAUUAGCUUCAACUUGAAGUAUCACAAGCUCACAAACAUCUUAUGGACCCAACACAAGUAUCUAACAAACCUUCAUACUAACGGAAGAAGACAGUGAUGAUUCACGUCGUAUUGAAUAUCGCUCGCAUACGCGGUUCUUAAACACCUUCCAAAAGUCCCACAUCGGUAAGACAUAGAAACGUUUGUAUAACCUUAGCACUAUAAAAGAGAAGCGAAGCCCAACUCACAAAUCAUACCUUUCUCGGCCUUUUGGCUAAGAUCAAGUGUAGUAUCUGUUCUUAUCAGUUUAAUAUCUGAUAUGUGGGCCAUCGGCCCGCUCGAUAUUAACUCUAUUUUUUAAGGGAGAAAGCCCACUAAGAUAGCUUGCUAUCUGGGCUUUCAAGAGUCGCCCAUGCGUUGCACUAUUGCACGGGCUGGCUCAACCCGCCAUAUCAACAAGUCGAAGAUGGCGAACCCUAGGAGGACAGUGACGGAGAACCAUAGAUUCUCACCGUUGAUCAAUCUACUGAAGAAGCCUCAAGCGUUUCCUCUGCUUCUCUCCUUCUUCCUCUUCCUCACAUGGAUCACUCUCAGGUUACAGCACUCUUCUCACCUCUCUUCGUCAUCUUCGGAUACGAAAUCGGCAGCGAAGAGUCACCAUCAUCCUGAUUCGGAAGUGCUAGAUGAAGACGAUAAGGUUAAUCUGAUCCGGUUCGAUACAGCGUCGAUCUCGCCUGUUAGAAAAGACGAUCGCGGGUGGCUGCUUGAUCCCGUUGCUCUUGCUCGUGAUUCUCAGCUCCAUGGUGGAGCAGCCACGUGUGUUUCCAUUCAUGUUGGUGAAAUCAAGCCUGGUGAAUUGAGGGGAAACCACAGACACCAUACUUGUAACGAGACGUUUGUCAUUUGGGGAGCCAAGACGAGAUUCAGGCUGGAGAAUCACAAGGUGGAAAAAGGCUAUGCAGAAGUGUUAAUUGGAGAGGAUGAAGUAGCUGUAGCGGUUAGCCCUAGUGGCACAGCACAUGCUAUAGUAAAUGUUGAUCCUGUGCGUUCUACUUUCUUAAUCGGCUGCCAAGACAGUAAUAUGCACAACAGCUCAACUAGCGACUACAAAGUAUGGAAAGAUCUUUAAUCCCAUAUUUGUUUAGUUUCUUCAUUUGGAUUUUCAUUGGUCUUUUAUGUAAUCAGCUUUCUCUGGUUUCUUUCUUUCGAGCUCUUAUUUGUAUAGAAUAGGCUUUUUUUGUUUCUUUUGUCAGUGUCUGUUACUCUGAUUAUUAACCCUGAAACUUCCAAUGUCUAGAAGUUCAUUGUUAUGUUUCAUGAUACUA